ACUGAUACGACCGGCGGCUCAACAGGCUCAACGGGGUCCACCGGUACCUCAACGGGUACCACCGGUAGCUCAACAGGAAGCUCAACAUCGUCAAGCACCCCAGCAGCUAGUUCUUCCACCAGCACUUCCUCCACCAGUUCAACCUCUACGCCAUCCACUUCAUCAACCUCUACGCCAUCCACUUCAUCAACCUCUCCGUCAUCCACUUCUUCCACCAGCUCUACAAGUCCUACCAGCAGUUCGUCUUCAACCAGCCCGUCUACUUCCAGCAGCUCAUCAACCGCCACCACGACCACAGCACCAGCUACCACUACCACUACCGCUAGCAGUACCACAAGCUCAAGCUCAAGCACGAGCACAACCACAUUUACGGCAGCCGAAAGGAGACGCUUGUUGAGAAGAAUUGCUCGCUUGAGGGCUGAUCGUCGCCGCUUGAGAUUGCGUCUGCGUGAAAGAUCAAGAGGUUGCAGAACUGUGGUUCGCAGAUCUCGCAGCGAUAAUACAAGUGGUUCAACUGGUACAAGGCGUCUAGUACGUCUACGCAGAGGUAGACUCAAUCGCCGCGGUUGAACAAGUUACGAAAAUUGUCAUUUCCAAUGGAAUAAAAUAUAAAUAAUGCAAGCAUAAUAAUCAUGAUUUAUUUCU